AUGGCGUGUACCCCAAACAUGCAGAACCACAGGGAGACGCUGGCGGCAGAGGCCACGAGACCGGCCACGAUCACAGUUCGCGUGAUCAAGUCCUUUCCGUACCGCAACGUCAAGAGCUUCGUGCUGCACGGGUACGACCUGGAGCGCAAGACGGCAAAGGACCUGUUGGCAGACGCAAAGGCGCACCUGCAGUCUGCGGCGGCGUUCCGGGCGUUCCGCACGGUGGAGUACGACGCGCUGAAAAUAUACACGCACGCUCACGGGUCCAAGACGGUGAACCUGGUGAUAAACCUGAACCGCGACGAGUGGGUGCUCGACGUGACGGACGGCGUGCGGAGUCUGGCGGAGUGGGGCGUGCGCGACGAGACGGAGCUGUCGCUGUUUAACAUGGCGGCUUACCGGGAGUAUGCGGCGGACCCCGAGGACCGUUGGGUAUAG